AUGUAUGACGAACAAGAAGUAUUACAUAACCACACACACCAUCAUGGUCCUCCUACGUCUGCAUCACCGUCUAAUGAUCCAGAUGUCAAUACGUUACAAGAACAACCACCUCCUGCUGCUUUAAGUACGUGUCUACAGUCGACAACGCGAUGGUUUCAGCUCGUCAUGUUUUUUGCUUUUGUCGUUGCGCUUGUAUUAGCCAUGGGCAGUUCCUAUGACAAUUUAAGCCCGGGGCUCAUUUGGGGCGGGUUACUCUCGACUUUCUCUGUCUUCUUCGUUAUCUUGUCGUACGUUAGUGUACCUAGUUACCGUCAGCACCCGAACCCACUUGUUUUUUGGCGUACUAUUGCAGAUGCCGUCUUUGUUAUGCAGCUCAUGGCACAACAGUUUGCGCGCUGUAUUUUCUUUGAUUGUGUGCCACUUUGUAACAGUACCAAUUUGCAAUGUGGUUGCAGCACUGAUAGCGUUGCUAGCCCCACGUGCGACGUAUUUGCUGGUCUCUUUGAGUUUACGCUGCUUGCUUCCGAGUGCUGGUUCUUCUGCAUGACAGCUAAUCUCCUCAUGAGUCUCACGAAUCCCUUUACGGACUUUAAACGGAACACAAGGAUGUUUCAUCUCGGCUCGUGGCUUGUACCGCUUGUUCUUGGACUUAUGCUCAUGACCACAGACGAUUGGGCAGGAUACUCGGAUCUUGGCGUGUGCUGGACAAAUGCGUUAAAGAACUUGGAAGCCGACAACAUGGCAUUUUGUCCUGCUGGAUACGAAGUCACGGACAACUUUUCCGACGAUUACAAGGCUGUGAACGCCAACAUGAUUAGUUGGCUCUUUUUCUACAUCUGGAUGGGACUUUUCAUUAUCUUUGGCAUUGCCGUCUGGGUUUGGGCCUGGAAACGACUGAGUGAAGGUAUGCCCGAGACAUACGCGGUUCGAGUGCAGAGCAUCAAUCGUGCGAGGUUUAAUGUGUUUGCAGUGACGUUUUACUGGAUUAUUGUGGUCAUUGUCUAUAUCAAGUUCUUGUCCCGUGACCGUUCUAAACCGGACAAGUCCAGCGAGCUCUUGAAUUUUCUCAUUGCAGGAAAGGGAUACCUUGAUCUGGUUAUUUGGUUUGCGUUGAAUGAUUUUCACAUCGCGCACUUUACGCGUUGUCUUGGGGAAAACACAGGCGAGGUUGAUGUGGACCUGAACCCGCAAGUGAAUGCGGCGUUGCGUCGAGAAGUGCUCUUCUACACCACAUCGGGUAUAAUUCAGGCUGUGCAGGCUGCAGAGCGUUUACCAGCGUCACAGCGCAUCCAGCACUUGGCUUUGCUGCCACAGACAAAGGCCACUAACGUUGCAUCCGCUGCGGCGUUCACUGCAGUGCCUGUUGGUGAGAGUAGGACGGGUACACAUUCUUCGGCAGCUAAUGCAGCCUAUCGCCAGUAUAUGGCGGUUGAUGCCGAGCGUGACGGAACGAACGGUGCAAGCGCUUUUGCCGAGACCAUGCGUGUGGCUAAGAACUCGCCUCGUACUAAAACAUUCCAUGACUAUGAACCUCAUGCUUUUAAAAAGAUUCGUGAGCGAUUUGGGGUUAACAAUGAUGCCUACUUGCAAGCGCUUUCAGCCACGGCGAAAGAGCGUCUGAGUGAAGGUGCUAGUGGAGCCUUUAUGUUUUACUCCGCCGAUGGUUCUCUUAUCGUGAAGAGUACGAGUAAGGAAGAAUGUUCGUUUCUGCGCAGCAUUGCUCAAGACUAUGCCGACUACCUGUGCGCUAACCCUCGCUCCCUGCUACUACGUUUCUACGGCUGCCAUUGUCUCGAGUUGUACGGCAAACAGUUUUCCUUCGUCGUUAUGGCGAAUCUUUUUGAUACGGACCAGGUGAUCCAUUCUCGUUACGAUAUCAAAGGAUCAUGGGUUAAUCGCCACGGCGACCUGCCGAAGCGCGGUAAAAAAGUUACAUGCCGUCACUGCAAUUGUAAGUACAUGUAUCAGAAUUCAGCCCCUGAGAACGCGAAUUGCACGGUUCGGCUAGGCGGCCACGAGCCGAACGUUGUGUUAAAGGACUCGGAUCUUACUCAGAAACUUAAUCUUGAUCGUGAUGUGGCACUGGAAUUAUAUCAACAACUCUGCGCUGACUCACAGCUACUGUGCUCGUUCGGUAUUAUGGACUAUUCGCUGCUUAUGGGCAUCAACGAAGUCGAGUACGUGGUGGAUGAGGGCAAUGACACAGAUGUUGAAUCUGAUGUGACCAACACACCGCCCUCAUCUAGUGCCCAAGGCACAAAAUCUGGAAGGAAUUUGCAACGGUCUUCAGUAUACAACCCGUUUGGUGAAAAGUCGAUGAUGGACUCACGCAGUGGGGGCAUGCAGAAUUUUGCAAGAUCGAAGGGGCCAUCUACAGUCCAAGCAUCAUCUUCGAAGUUUCGACCCCAGGCAAGUUUGUCUUCAGCCGCUGGAUCUUGCAACAGCCGCUCAGUGCGCGGCGAGUCAGUGGUGCAGCAAAAGGGAUCAUCAAAGCCGCAUGAAUAUCUACAGAACGCGAGCCGCCAUGGGCGUGCUGGAAGUAAUACGUCUUCGUCUGGAAGACGGCUUCCUCGAUCAGGAAUGCGCAUGGCAAACACAGUUGUCGGCCCAGCUUAUUAUCACCUUGGCGUGAUUGACAUUUUGCAGACAUGGACAUUCAAGAAGCGUAUGGAGCGCAUUUUUAAGAUUGUUUUCAGAGGCGUUGACGGAGACGGACUGUCUGCGAUCGCACCGAAGGUGUAUCAGGCACGCUUCCAGCUAAAGAUGGCUGAUAUUCUUGGAGUCGAAGACCUCAUAAAUGGUGACAACGCCAAUCAGAAUUUAUUUGUACAGCAAAACUCACACAUGGAUGUGGACACACAGCAAACGGACCAGCAAUUCAACAUUCAGUCCAUUCGAUCACUGACAUCAUCGGAACUCGUUGCGAUUAACCCUCUGGACUCGCAUUACGCGAGUAGCCGUUCGUCUUCGAACUUGCGACAGCGUAGCACGGAAAAUUCACAGUCUGUCGGCCAAGAUACUGAGGAAUACACAGGCAUUGAUUACCACUUGUAG